UUUCGUGACUUUACAGAUUCAACAGAAAGGUCCAGAAAGUUGUUAAUCGUCAGUUUGGUAUGGCCACAAAAGCUGUUAAUCUUGAAGACAUCGGAGUUGAAGCAGGUGAAUCAAGAAGGCAGAGUAAAGAUGUUACCCAGAAAGCAGGUCCGAAAAAGAAAACUAAAAAUCUCGAUGACUUGAAACAAGAACUGGAAGUGGAUUGGCACAUCUGUUCCACUGAGGAGAUCCUAAGUCGACUGGGUACUAGCAUAGCUAAAGGUAUUUCACAAAAAGAAGCAGAUUUUAGAUUGGAGAGAGAUGGACGUAACUGCCUCACUCCACCCCCAACUGUUCCAGAAUGGGUGAAGUUUUGUCGACUGCUAUUUGGUGGGUUCUCAUUAUUGCUAUGGUUUGGUGGAAUACUUUGUUUCAUCACCUAUAUCAUCAAAGUUUCCACGGAAGAAGAACCUUCUAAAGAUGAUUUGGCUCUUGGACUAACGCUUACCAUUGUUGUGAUUAUUACUGGGAUUUUUUCAUAUUAUCAGGAGUCCAAGAGUUCCAAGAUUAUGGAAAGUUUUAAGAACAUGGUUCCCCAGGAAGCAACGGUUUUGCGUGAUGGGACAAAAGUGAAGAAAAAUGCUGAGGAGGUUGUUGUAGGUGACAUCAUAUUUGUUGCGAUUGGAGACAGGGUUCCAGCAGAUAUCAGGAUUUUGGAGUCUAAGGGGUUCAAGGUUGAUAAUUCUUCGCUCACGGGAGAAUCGGAACCUCAAGCACGUACCCCUGAAUUCACCCAUGAAAAUCCACUAGAGACAAAAAAUCUGGCGUUCUUUUCGACAAACGCGGUUGAAGGCACCUGCACAGGUCUAGUCGUCCAGACAGGCGAUAACACCGUUAUGGGACGUAUAGCAAACCUGGCAAGUGGAUUGGAUACUGGAAAAACUCCAAUUGCUAUUGAAAUCGAGCAUUUCAUCCAUAUUGUCACCGGAGUUGCAGUCGUCUUGGGUUUGACUUUCUUUGCCAUUUCCCUUGGUUUACAAUACUCCUUGCUUGAAUCUGUUAUUUUCCUUAUUGGUAUCAUUGUAGCGAAUGUGCCUGAAGGUCUUUUAGCAACAGUAACGGUGUGUCUUACUUUAACUGCAAAGCGUAUGGCAUCCAAAAACUGUUUGGUAAAGAAUCUUGAAGCUGUGGAAACCCUUGGCAGCACUUCUACCAUUUGUUCAGACAAAACUGGUACACUUACCCAAAACAGGAUGACUGUUGCGCACAUGUGGUUUGAUGAUAAAAUUGUCGAGGCUGACACAACUGAAGAUCAAAGCGGAGAGACAAUGGUUCAGUCAGACACCUGGAAUGCACUUGGCCGCAUUGCGGGGUUGUGUAACAGAGCAGAAUUCGUUCCUGGAACAGAAAAUAUGCCAGUCCUUAGGAGAGACACUAUGGGAGGCAACGCAUCUGAAGCAGCACUUUUAAAGUGCGUUGAGCUUCAAGUUGGUAACGUAAAGAACAUGAGAGAGAACUACCCUAUGGUAGCUGAGAUUCCUUUCAACUCGUCCAAUAAAUACCAUGUAUCAAUUCAUGAAAUGGAAGACCCAAAUAAACCUGAUUGCAGUCAUGUACUGCUGUUAAAAGGAGCGCCUGAACGUGUUCUUGAACGAUGUUCUUCGAUUUUGAUACAAGGGCAAGAAGUACAUCUUGGUGAGGAUAUGAGAGAAGCUUUCGAACUAGCGUAUCUAAACCUUGGAGGUAUGGGCGAACGUGUUCUUGGGUUUGGUCAAUUCUAUUUAAAUAAGGAACAAUACCCACCGGGAUUUGAAUUUAUUACUGACGAGCCGGUGAAUUUUCCCCUAACUGGACUAUGUUUUGUUGGACUGAUGUCGAUGAUUGAUCCUCCACGAGCUGCUGUUCCUGAUGCUGUUAGUAAAUGCCGCAGUGCUGGUAUCAAAGUUAUCAUGGUUACUGGGGAUCAUCCAAUCACAGCCAAGGCUAUUGCACAAGGAGUUGGGAUCAUUUCAGAAGGAAGUGAAACGGUUGAAGACAUCUCUAAUAGACUUAAGAUUCCUGUUGAACAAGUGAAUCCUAGAGAUGCUAAGGCAAUUGUUGUCCAUGGUGGCGAUCUUAAGAAUGUUGAGAAACAAGAACUUGAUGACAUACUGAAAAACCACACAGAGAUUGUAUUUGCGCGUACCUCACCUCAGCAGAAGUUGAUUAUCGUUGAAGGCUGUCAGCGUAAUGGUGCUAUCGUGGCAGUAACUGGUGAUGGUGUCAAUGAUUCUCCUGCUUUGAAGAAAGCUGACAUCGGUGUUGCUAUGGGAAUCGCUGGCUCUGAUGUGUCUAAACAAGCUGCUGACAUGAUUCUUUUGGAUGACAACUUUGCUUCCAUUGUCACUGGGGUGGAGGAAGGUCGACUUAUCUUUGACAAUUUAAAGAAGUCUAUUGCAUAUACAUUGACGAGUAACAUCCCCGAGAUUACUCCAUUCUUAAUGUUUAUCCUCGUUGGUAUUCCUCAGCCACUGGGUACAGUUACAAUCUUGUGUAUUGAUCUCGGAACUGACAUGGUUCCUGCUAUUUCACUCGCUUAUGAAGCUCCAGAAAGUGACAUUAUGAAGCGAUUCCCAAGAGACCCCAAGAAAGAUAAACUCGUUAAUGAAAGACUGAUUGCAAUGACAUAUGGACAAAUUGGAUUCAUCCAGGCACUUGCUGGGUUCUUCACAUACUUCGUUAUCAUGGGAGAGAAUGGUUUCUUCCCAUCAAGACUGUUUUUUACGCGAAUCGAAUGGCAGGACAAGUCGAAUAACAAUAUGUUAGACAGCUAUGGCCAGGAAUGGGGAUACCACCAGAGGAAAAUCCUGGAGUACACAUGCCAUACAGCGUUCUUUAUCAGUAUUGUGGUAGUACAAUGGGCUGACUUAAUCAUCUGCAAAACUAGGAAAAAUUCGAUUUUUACCCAGAAAAUGACGAACAAUACACUGAACUUCGCUUUGUUGUUUGAAACACUCCUUGCUGUUAUGUUAUCCUAUACUCCAGGAUUAUCAGAGGGUCUUAGUAUGUAUCCACUGAAUGCAAGCUGGUGGUUCCCAGCCUUUCCUUUCAGUCUUCUAAUUUUCAUUUAUGACGAGUGUCGUCGUCUCAUAAUCAGGAAGUACCCUGGAUGUUGGUUAGAAAACGAGACCUAUUAUUGACAUCAAACCAAAGCCUUUCAAUUACAUGUAAUGACUUUUUAUUAUUUUCAAAAUGUGCAAAAUCUUUUAAAGUUCCAAAAUAUGGUUUGUACAUCUUUCUCUUUAAAAAAAUACCUUCAUAUUUAUUAUGAAAACAAACUUUAAUAAAUAACUGAAACUAA